AUGUGGCUUGCAAAUGCCUUUGCUUCCUCCUCUGCGGCGAUCCCUCCCAACUUCACUCUCCCCCAACCACUGCCAGAUCCUGAAUCUGUUGUCCAGGACAUCCAAAGAAGAGUGGAGGAAUCUGUGGGGAGAAAGAGGCGAAUGUUAUUGGGAGGAUAUGCAGAUUCAUCUUCGUCGUUGUCGUCGUCGUGCCUGACUGGAAAUCCAAUAGACGACUGCUGGAGGUGUGACCCCAACUGGCAGAGCAGCCGGCAACGACUAGCUGACUGUGGGAUCGGAUUCAGUCAGAAUGCGCUGGGGGGGAAGAAUGGGCAGGUCUACAUUGUGACCGACUCAUCGGACCACGACCCAGUUAAUCCUACGCCAGAGACACUACGCUAUGCGGUGAUCCAAACAGAGCCACUCUGGAUCAUGUUUGCGGGGAACAUGCUGAUUCAGCCAAAGGAGGAGCUGAUUGUGAACAGCUUCAAGACAAUUGACGGGCGUGGCGCAAAUGUGCACAUUGCAGGUGGGGGUUGCAUAACGAUGCAGAACGUGAGCAAUGUGAUCAUCCACAACAUCCACAUCCACCACUGCAUACCCAAGGGCAAUGCGAAUGUGAGAUCAAGCCCCACACAGUAUGGGUGGCGAUCAAAGUCAGACGGGGACGGGAUAUCCAUAUAUGGGGCACGGGACCUAUGGGUUGACCACUGCUCUCUGUCCUACCGCACGGAUGGCCUAAUUGACAUGAUCAUGGGGUCGACAGGGAUCACGAUAUCAAACAAUUACUUUUCCCACCACAAUGAGGUGAUGCUGCUUGGGCACAGGGACAGCUACCUGCCUGACUCGGCAAUGCAGGUGACAAUUGCGUUCAACCAUUUUGGGGAGGCCUUGGUACAGAGGAUGCCGAGGUGCCGGCUCGGGUACGUCCACGUUGUGAACAAUAACUUCUCUCAGUGGGAGAUGUACGCAAUUGGCGGGAGCGCCAAUCCCACCAUCAACAGCCAGGGCAAUCGGUACAUGGCCCCAACCAACCCCUAUGCCAAAGAGGUGACAAAGAGGGUGGAUACAGAUGAGAAAAACUGGAGUGGGUGGGAUUGGAGAAUAGAAGGGGAUAUAAUGGUGAAUGGAGCCUUCUUUGUGCCCUCAGGGGAGGGGUUAGGGGCCAGGUAUGCCAAAGCUUCGAGUAUGGAGCCCAAAUCCGCAGCACUCAUUGACCAGCUCACAAUGAACGCUGGUGUCUUGGGCGGGACUAGGGAUAACAGCACGAGCAUCGCAUACCCAGGUUUCAACAGUGAUGGGUCCGGCACUAGUGUGGGGUUGGGGAGCGGCGGUGAUGGUGGAAGUUACUUUGGAAUGGUAUUUGGGAGUGGGACUAGUAGCGGCGCCCCACCACCACCUUCCUUGUUUUUGUCUUAUCUAAUUAUUGUAUGGUUUUCCCUAAUGAUUUUGUACAUGAGCUCCACACCAUGGAAAUAG